AUGGCUUCAACACAAAAUGGCGCCAACGCCGCACCGCCAUCACUCCACAUCAGUCCACCUGGCGCCCAGGAUUACACCAGCUCCUCCGUCCACACUUCAGGUUCUGGCGCGCCACCACCGGUCAAACGGCCACCGCACGGUCGAGCUCGUUCUUCCUCGCUCGUCUCCGUCACCCGAGUGGAAGAAACUGCCGAAGAACUCAUCGACCAAUCCACCGGUUUCAACGCCAACGCUGAUUGGGUCAACUACAAAGGCGCCUGGGUCAUCCACGUUGUUCUCAUCCUUCUCGCCAAAAUCCUCCUCGACGUCAUCCCCGCUAUGCAACAAGACACUUCCUGGACCCUCGUCAAUCUUGGCUACAUGGCCCUUUCCUAUCUCAUGUUCCACUAUGUCACUGGAACACCGUUCGAGUCCAACGCUGGUGCAUACGACCAGUUGACUCUGUGGGAACAGAUCGACGAAGGUGCACAGUAUACACCUGCCAAGAAAUGGUUGACCAGCGUUCCGAUCGGCUUGUUUUUGGUCUCGACCCAUUAUACAAAGUAUAAUCCGUUGCUCUUCGGCUUGAACUUUUCCGCCUUGUUGUUUGUAUUGUUUCCCAAACUGCCGGUGUUGCAUAGAUUGAGGUUUAGGUUUUUCGAACCUCCUCCCACGCCGAGUCCGCAUCCUAGUCAACCGCCUACUCCCACUGCCUCUAGGGCUCCCAGUCAGAUCUUUUAG